GGGGAGCUGGUGUUCGCGCGCAGGAAACGAACUCCCGCAGCAAGCUCCAGCAGCAUCGCUGCGGGUGUCAGUGGCGCGCCCGAGCCCACUCAUCAUCUACCCAGCACAUAGAGGCAGCAGGCUUCCUUCCCUAUCAGGCUUGGAUGAGAGCCCUUCUCCCUGAUGUCUCAGAACACACCUGAUUCUGGUGCUGCAGCAGCCUGCUGGGACUUGAGGCACAGAGCUGAGGAACGGCAGUGGAAUGACGGAUCAAAUCGUUGCAAAAGAAGAGGAGGAAAGAUCUGCAGCAAGACAGUGUCUUCUAUACAUGACAGGGAAGCUGUACCCAUGAAAUCUCAGUAAUCUCCUAAACAUGACCUACGUCAUGCCAACAUCAGCUGACGUGCCAACACAGAAACUGGAAAUCUCACAAGGUUCCACCCCUAUAUGAAGAUCUAUAGGUGUGAGCCUUGUAAGUAACACACGGAAGAACUUUAGGCCAAGCUGAGAAAGCCUCUGUGGUUAAGUUGAGCUAUCUCCCCGUAUUGAUGAUAAAUUGGCAGCAGUGGUGUUGCUUGAAUUGGACACAGUCUAGAAAUCCUGCUUAGGAUACAUUCAAGAGACAAGGGAGACCUGCUUACUUAUUGACACAUAGUAGCCAAGAACCUCUACAUUCAUACUUCUCAGCUGCUGUGGAUGGCCCCGGCUGCCUUGACUACCCUUUUCAAUAGGAUGUCACUGAGAUCCUUGAAAUGGAGCCUCCUGCUGCUGUCCUUGCUGAGUUUCCUGGUGAUGUGGUACCUCAGCCUUCCCCACUACAAUGUCAUUGAACGGGUGAACUGGAUGUACUUUUAUGAGUAUGAGCCAAUUUACAGACAAGACUUUCGCUUCACGCUCCGGGAACACUCGAACUGCUCUAAUCAGAACCCAUUCCUGGUCAUCCUGGUGACCUCACGCCCUUCAGAUGUGAAAGCCAGACAGGCAAUUAGAGUUACUUGGGGCGAAAAGAAGUCCUGGUGGGGAUAUGAGGUUCUUACAUUUUUUUUAUUAGGCCAGCAGGCUGAAAGGGAAGACAAAAUGCUGGCGCUGUCCUUGGAAGAUGAACACCUUCUCUAUGGCGAUAUUAUACGGCAAGAUUUUUUGGACACGUAUAAUAACUUGACCUUGAAAACCAUUAUGGCUUUCAGGUGGGUAAUUGAGUUUUGCCCCAAUGCCAAGUAUGUCAUGAAAACAGACACGGAUGUGUUCAUCAACACGGGUAAUUUGGUCAAGUAUCUUCUGAACUUAAACCACUCAGAGAAGUUCUUCACAGGUUACCCUCUAAUUGAUAACUAUUCCUAUAGAGGGUUUUUCCAUAAGAACCACAUCUCAUACCAGGAGUACCCUUUCAAGGUGUUCCCUCCCUACUGUAGUGGGCUGGGCUACAUCAUGUCCAGUGAUCUCGUGCCAAGGAUCUAUGAGAUGAUGAGUCACGUGAAGCCCAUUAAGUUUGAAGACGUGUAUGUUGGCAUCUGCUUGAAUUUGUUAAAAGUGGACAUUCAUAUUCCAGAAGACACAAAUCUUUUCUUUCUGUAUAGAAUCCACUUGGAUGUGUGUCAGCUCAGACGUGUGAUUGCAGCCCAUGGCUUUUCUUCCAAGGAGAUCAUCACGUUUUGGCAGGUUAUGCUGAGGAACACCACAUGCCACUACUGAGGCUGGACUUCACCCUAGGGAAGGGGCAGAGGAACACUUUGUAGAAGGGGUCAGAGUUCAGUGUGCUGGCUUCCUAAACGCAAACUCCCGUGGAGCAUGCCCAGACUGCAGUUCCAAGGCAUUAACUUACUAGUGAUUUUGUUUGUUUGUUUGUCACAAAAUUAACUCGGAUCCUUUAAAGGUGACAGAGGAGUUAAACGUAAAACAAAGGGUUUUGCUAAUAAAAUCAAAGGAACAAAGAGCCUAGACAACUCAGUGUGUAGGUUAGAAUUUCUUAAGAUUUCCCUGAAAGAAAAGCUAACUAGUCCACAGCAACAAAUCAGUGUGGAGUUGUAUUUAUUAGAUAGUUUAGUCACAUAAUGGUUCAGUGUGUAUCUUAGGUGUUUAUUAUUAAUAUAUAUGUAUGCAUAUAUAUUUCUUGUAAAAAGCUUUACUGAAGUUGUACUGAAGAAAAUUUCAUUUGUAUCAUUUUCAUUCACAAGAUACUUGAUAAUGUGGUAUUUCAUUUAUCACACUUUAGUAUUUAAUGUCAUUUCAAUUUUCUGAGUGUUUCAAGGUUAUGGUGGUUUCAGUAUUAUUCAGUGAAUCAGGUUUCACAUUUGAAUUUUGUUUUAUUUAAUCCACUGAUCACUUUAACUCUGAAAGUCCCGUGAAUGUGACAUCAUAUCUUAUUACUGACUGUCAGUAAUCUGUUGAACUUUGUUGCAUAUUUUAUUGUAGAAUUAUGGAGAAUUAAAAUAAGAAAAUU